CGCAUAAUAUAUAAUAAUAAUAGUAAUAUUAUAAUAUUAUGGGCCGUGUUGCCAAUGCGUCGAGACGAAUUUCCAUAACGAACACGGGCGAGCGCGCGCGCGCGUGUGUGUGUGCGUAGACAAUGUGCGCGCGGGCUCUCUUUGAACUCAAACCCAUUAGAAAUGCUAAACCCGGCACUGCAAUAUAUGCGUGUACCGUACAGGUCGUGAGCUGUUCUAUACCUAUACUGAUGUGUAAUAUGUAUGUAUUAUAAUAUGUACCUACACGGCGGACGAGCCCCGAGUUGGCGCGGAGGUAAUUAUUGAAUAUUUUAUAUUUUAUUUGAAAAAAAAAAAACGAUAACACUGUGGUGCGCCGACUAAGCCGACAGAAGAACGACGACUAUACGAUAUAUUAUACAGGUACGGCGGAAGAAAAAAUAAGAGAUGGAAACGAAAUUGUUUUGAAGAAAAAAAAAUAGUCACAAAAGGCACGUAAUUGAAUAUCGGUGACACCACACGAACGAGCGCGCGUUAAUAUUACAUAUUAUUAUUAUUAUUAUUAUUAUAUAUGCGCGUAUACAAUAUUAUAAUAUUAUGUUUUUAGAACGGGACGGUCGUGCGCGUGCGCGCGUACCUUCGCAUGUACGCGGCCUGUAGACGCGCGCGCGCGAGACGAGGGGACCCCACGCGGGUUGACACCCAUUCCGCGGCCGACAGCCAAUGGCUCGACGCGGCCUUUUUCGCGAGGGGUUCUGCGAGAGGUGCCCCUGCGAAAAAACAAAAACACAAACGAAAAAGACGAAAAAGAAUAUGGCCGUUUGCCGCAAAUAAUAAUUAUCGCGUAUACACAGAAUAAUAUUAUAUUAUAUAGGUGCCGACCGCCGGCCGUACGCGUACAGUGUUAUUACCAUCAUUAUUAUACCACCGUUGUGUGCGUGUACCUCGACGGUGACAAUAAUUUAUAAUAUACAAAAUAUAUAAUAUAUAACGUUAUUACCACUAUGCGAUGUAAGUACGCUGCAGCAGUCGCGGUUUUCUACACUCCGAAGUCGUCCACUGAAUUGCUAUUUGUUUUUUAAAUAUUAUAUUAUUUGAUUGAAUAAUACUAAUAAUAAUAAUAGUAAUAGUAAUACCUGUACGUCAUAGUGUCGCCGUCGAGUGCACAAGCACUACAUAUUUCAUGCGCGUACGCGUCGCGUCGUCGCACGAACGCCGACCGACGUUUGAAGAUUUUCGUCCGUUUGUCGGAAAACGGUAGCCGCGGGCCGCCGACCGCCGCCGCCGAGUGCGUUCAUCGCUCGUAACGACUCCGAUAUUACAGUACUAUUACUAUACACUUACCGCCGACGUACUUGAGUACAACUCUCGUCGUUAUGCGCGUACUGGACUCGUUUUUCGCCGACAUGUAUCGACGUGCAUAGUGCGUGUGAUAACAUAAUAUAAUUGUUAUCAAAAUCAUUUUCAUCGGAUCCGAACUUGGGUGGAAUAUCGUCCGCGCAGACGACCAGACAUGUACUCGGCACAUUACAACGGAUUCACGUUUCAAGGCCAAGGGCGUGUGAACCAGCUCGGUGGUACGUUCAUCAACGGCCGACCAUUGCCUAAUGUGGUCCGAUUGAAAAUCGUCGAAAUGGCCGCGGCCGGCGUGCGGCCCAGCAACAUAUCCAGACAGCUCAAAGUGUCACACGGAUGCGUGUCCAAGAUACUCAACAGAUACCAAGAGACGGGCAGCAUCCGGCCGGGCAUAGUGAACAGCGAUCACGUUCAGAAAAACUAUCCGAAACGAAUUUCGUAUUGUCCGGAGGAAGUCAGAGAUACCACUAUCAGAUCAGAUCGUCAUAGUAAUUACUCAAUCGACGGAAUACUGUCAGGU